AAGCCCAGGCAAAGCUGGCUCUUACGGAUUGUAGUUUCCAAGAGAACCUUGCUCCGUAGUUUGAGAAAGAGAGAGAGAGAGAGAGAGAGAGAGAGCAAUGGGAGGUUUAUUCUCUGCUCUUAAUGGAGACGCUGCAGCCGCCGGCGAAGAUUCCUCAUCGGCGGAUCAUUCUGCAGUCACAACUUUCCAUUCCUCUGAGCGAUGGCAGCUCCAUUUCAAUUCCAUGAAAGAGUUAUCCCAGCUGAUGGUCGUAGAUUUUGCUGCAUCGUGGUGUGGACCUUGUAAGUUAAUUGAACCACAAGUUAAAGCCUUGGCUGCCAAGUUCACUGAUGUCCAGUUUGCCAAGAUCGAUGUGGAUGAAUUGCCUGAUGUGGCCCAGGAAUUUGGAGUUCAGGCUAUGCCAACGUUUGUGUUGGUGAAGAAAGGGAAAGAAGUGGAUAGGAUUGUGGGAGCCAAGAAGGAAGAGCUUGAAAAGAAGAUUCAGAAACACAGGGCCACUUGAUGCCUUCCUUCUUAUGUAACGAGCAAUGUAACUUUACUUUGUGUUGCUGCUUCUGCUGCUGCAAAUGUGAUGAUAAAAAAUAAACAAUGAUUUCCCUACUGUUAAACAAUUAUGCACAUCUUUUCUGGUUC